GAUCUGGAGCCAAACCUCUGCGCACCGACCGGAACCAAAACCCUCGAUCCGAGCCGCCUCCUGCCCGCACCCGGCAUCUCUCUCUGCUCUCUGUUGUCCGCCACCGCCGCCAUGAGCACUGGCUGGAGGACGCUGCUGCUUCGCAUCGGCGACAGGUGCCCCGAGUACGGGGGAACAGCCGACCACAAGGAGCACAUCGAAAUCUGUUACAAUGUGCUUUCUCGUGAAUAUGAACACUCCAAAGAUGAUAUUUUUGAGUUUCUCCUUCAGUGUGCCGAACAAUUACCUCACAAGAUUCCUUUCUUUGGAGUUUUGAUAGGUUUGAUAAAUUUAGAAAAUGAAGACUUUGCCAAGGGUAUCGUGGAUGCAACACAGGCUAACCUACAGGAUGCUUUGCAUACUGAAAACCGUGAUAGGAUCAGGAUAUUGUUACGGUUUCUCUGUGGCCUGAUGUGCAGCAAAGUUAUAUCGCCAAAUUCCAUUAUUGAGACAUACGAGACACUUUUAUCAUCUGCUGCAACUAUAUUGGAUGAGGAAGCUGGAAAUCCUUCUUGGCAACCACAUGCUGAUUUUUAUGUUUACUGUAUUUUGGCUUCCCUUCCAUGGGGUGGUUCAGAAUUGUUUGAGCAAGUCCCGGAUGAACUCGAGAGGGUUCUGGUUGGUAUACAGUCUUACGUAAGCAUCAGAAGACAUUUUGAUGAUAUUGCUUUCUCAGUCUUCGAGACGGAUGAAGGCAACUCUCCCAAUAAAAAGGAUUUCAUGGAAGAUUUAUGGGAGCGUAUGCAACUUCUUUCUCGUAAUGGAUGGAAGGUUAAAAGUGUUCCAAAACCUCACUUGUCGCUUGAAGCUCAGUUGGUAGUUGGAAAAUGUCACCGUUUCCACCCAGUUAGUUUACCACCGCCUACUUUCACGAUGUCAUCUUCUGAGAUAUUACAAGGGCAAGAGAAGCAUGAAGCCAAUCUAAAGUAUCCUCAAAGGCUUCGUAGGCUCCAUAUAUUUCCAACAAAUAAAGCUGAGAAUAUGCAACCUGUAGACCGUUUUGUUGUUGAGGAAUACAUAUUGGAUGUGCUACUUUUCUUCAAUGGAUGUCGCAAAGAAUGUGCGUUUUAUCUGGUCAGCCUUCCUGUGUCUUUUCGGUAUGAAUACCUGAUGGCUGAGACCAUAUUUUCACAGCUACUAUUGCUGCCGAAUCCACCUUUCAGGCCAAUCUACUAUACGUUGGUUAUCAUCGAUCUUUGCAAGGCUUUGCCAGCUGCAUUUCCAUCGGUGGUGGUAGCAGCAGUACAUGCUCUUUUUGACAGAAUUAGUAAUAUGGAUACGGAGUGCCGCACCAGACUUAUCCUAUGGUUUUCACAUCACUUGUCAAAUUUUCAAUUCAUUUGGCCUUGGCAGGAAUGGGCCAAUGUGAAGGGCCUACCAAAAUGGGCUCCGCAACGUGUUUUUGUCCAAGAAGUAUUAGAAAGGGAAAUUCGGUUGUCCUAUUUCGAGAAAAUCAAGCAGAGUAUUGAAGAUGCUGCCGAGUUGGAAGGAUUGUUACCCCCAAAAGGUGGUCCUAAUUUCAGAUAUCAUACUGAUGAAAGCAAAGAAAGCACUGAAGGCCACAGGCUAUCCAAGGAACUUGUUAGCAUGGUUAGAGGAAGGAAGACUACACGUGAUAUUAUUUUGUGGGUUGAGGAACAAAUAGUUCCUGCAAAUGGGGCCAAAUUCGCAGUUGAUGUUGUUAGUCAGACACUUCUUGACAUUGGUUCAAAAAGUUUCACCCAUCUUAUCACUGUUUUGGAGAGAUAUGGUCAAAUAAUUUCCAAACUAUGCCCAGAUGAGGAAAUGCAGCUAUUGUUGAUGGAUGAAGUCAGUGCUUACUGGAAGAACAGUACCCAGAUGUCAGCUAUAGCUAUUGAUAGAAUGAUGGGUUAUCGCUUAAUUUCCAACUUGGCUAUAGUCAAAUGGGUUUUUUCUUCUGCUAAUGUAGAUCAAUUUCAUGUGUCGGAUCGUCCAUGGGAGAUUCUUAGGAAUACUGUUAGUAAAACAUACAAUCGAAUCAGUGAUCUUCGGAAGGAAAUUCAGACACUGAGGAAAAGUAUUCAAGUUGCUAAAGAGGCUAGUGCAAAAGCCAUCAAAGAGUUGGAGGAGGCUAAAUCAACACUUGAAAUUGUAGAGGGCCAACCUGUUCCAUCUGAAAGACCAGGCAGGCUGAGACGACUCCAAGGUUUUGCUGACAAAGCAAAAGAAGAGGAAGUAACUAUUGAAGAAUCGUUAGAGGCAAAGGAGGCUCUCCUUGCCCGGGGGCUUGAAGAAGGCAAAGAAUUGCUUAGGUUAUUAUUCAAGAGCUUUGUUGAUGUGCUUACUGAACGCCUGCCACCUGUUUCUGCUGAUGGAGAUGUUCCUAACCUACGUGCUGGAGAUCCUAAUGUAACAUUUCCAGUCAGCGAUCCUGAAGCGGCAACUAUGGAGAUAGACAAUGAAAAUGGAGCAGAUAACAAUAGUCAAGUGGAUUGUGGAAAUACAAAAGCUGGUUAUAAUAUUGGAGAGCUUGAGCAAUGGUGCCUAUGCACAUUGGGGUAUCUAAAGUCAUUUUCUCGACAGUAUGCAACAGAGAUUUGGUCUCACAUCGGCAUGUUGGACGAGGAGGUUUUCGUCGGGAGUAUUCACCCUCUCAUCUGGAAAGCUGCAUUCUCCGGUUUGUGCAGACAGAUGAACCAGUGAAGGGUUGUAACUCGCCUUUGAUUCCUCACCAUCAUGGUCUUGAAGACGACCUGUAAAAGCAAGCUGUAAUCACAUUCUUGACUAAUUCUGAGAUGUCGCACCCAAGAAUUUUCCUGUUUGGUAGUUCUGACAUGUUUGUCAGUGUAUCUCAGUUUCAUUUGCCUAUGGUCACUCUUUGGGGUGAGUAAUCUUGACGUGUAUUUAGCUUUUAAUUGCGAACUCUGCUGCUCCAGACUUAACAGGUGAGCACCAUUGGCUGUGCCUUUAGAUUAAACACGUGUAGCGCCUGCAAAGCUAUGGAGCGGGAACAAGUUUGAACAACGCCAGAGAGUUGCUAUGUACUUGCUAGAAAAAAUAUUGGGUGGCGAUUUGUGUAACCCCGGCAAAUGAAUUGCUGGAGUUCAAUUAGUGUGUCGUUUGCUACAUGCCUACAUAAUUAGUUGUGGUUGCA